AUGAAUGCUAUGACCGCUUCGCUUUUGGCGGCGCAACAACAAAAGAUCAUGGCACAGCUUCAGCGACAAGCAAUGACCAAUCAAACGGUUGAUUCAAUGUCUCGUUCUGGCGUGGAUGAGCUAAUCCCAACGAUCGGUUCCUUGCCCGCGGGUGCUGAAACAAACUCCGUUUUGACCACUGAGCGCUUGAGUUCGACAUCAGCUCUAACGGCCGCAUUACUUCGCGUUCGAGCAGCUAACGCGAACGCAUCCAGCUUUUCCUUCGCCAACACUGGCGCCACUCAGUCACAUGCUAAUCAACUUGCAGUGUUGUUCGCUGCUGCUCAACAGCAACAACAACAGCAGCAGCAACAACAACAAGCUUUAGCAUCUAUGCGACUUCCGGCCAAUGCGGUCCCAACUGCUGUAACACCGAUUACUCCACAGGACAUGAACGCGGUAAGUGUCUUUUAUAAUUACACAAUGUGGAUUAACGCAAAAGGAAACAUCCUCGUAUUUAAGGAAUACGCAGUAAAAGGGAAGCACACGUAA